AUGGAUUUCGUGAGCGACUUUGACUUGAUGAAGUUCGGUGUCAAGAAAGAAACCAUGCAGGGACUGGACCGUACCUUCAUCGGGGCGUGCAGCCAGCUCCAGAGACCGGACUCUGUGUCGUCCACCCCCAGCAGCACACCUUGCAACUCGGUCCCCUCGUCGCCCAACCUCAACCCGAACGAGCAGAGAAACAACCCGGGGGGGGACCAGUUCUGGGUGCCCAACAACGGCGGCUACCCUCAUCAGAUGUACCCCCAGUCUUUCGGUCUGACCCCCGAGGACGCCAUGGAGGCCCUGAUCGGUGCCACGACGCAGCAGGGACACCCGUCUGCGCCCCACGGCCACCACCCGCAGCCCUUCCCGGCUGACUACGACGGAUACGGCCACCUGAACGAGCCCAUCCAGCACUACCAGGGCCUGCCGGGUCACCCCGACAUGCAAGGCAUGCCCAGCGGCCACUGCCCGGACCCCUAUCUGAAAGACGAGAUCGGGAGCGCGUCGCCACAGUCGCCGGAGGCCCCUGGGGCUCUGGGCGCGCACCAGCUCCAGCAGCAGCAGUACAGCCGGCACGACAGGCGCUCCGGCGCCGCGGACGCGCACUUCUCCGACGACCAGCUGGUGUCCAUGUCGGUCCGGGAGCUCAACCGGCUGCUGCGGGGCCUCAGCAAAGACGAGGUGAUGCGCCUGAAGCAGAAGCGCCGGACCCUGAAAAACCGCGGCUACGCGCAGUCGUGCCGCUUCAAGCGCGUCCAGCAGAAGCACAUCCUGGAGCACGAGAAGACCAGCCUGGUGUCACAGGUCGAGCAGCUCAAACACGAACUCAACCGACUGAUGCGCGAGAGGGACGCGUACAAACUCAAAUGCGAGAAACUGUCCGGCGCAAACUGUUACCACGAAACCGGCUCCACCAGCGACAACCCUUCCUCACCUGAGUAUUUAAUGUGA